GAAGCAAUUAAUUAAUACAGUGUCUAAUGCACUGUUGAUCGAAUGACAACAUCUAUACAUAUUAAAUUUCUACUUCCUUGUACGAAUCUCUGGUCACGACUUUGAUAUUAUCAACUUGAGUAUUUCCUUCUUAAUUAAAUACAGCAGCAGUAUUUCCUUCUUUCUUCAAGUUUAAUAUCAUUAAAAAUUUCAAUCUAGUUUUUAUAAAAUAAAAGAUAUUAAAACAUGACUUAAAGUGCGUGAUAAGGAUAUGAUUUUAAGGCAUAAAGAUAACGCUAACGAAGAGCCCGAGGACAUGAAAAGAGCACGUAUCACCUACGUUUUUACGCCUACGGCACGUCAACGACAUAAUUAAUGAUUCAUACAUAGCGUGUGUUACUUUAUAACGUGAUCUUACAUUAUAAACACAUUUACAAGAUGGCUGUAGAGAAGUAUAGUUGGAUAUUUACUAUUUUAUGUCUGAGUUUACUUAUUGAAGUGUUUGGAAUUGAACCUAGGACCUCGAUAAACCCGAGUGUUGAAUCUAGUUCAGUGAGCCAAACAAACAUUAGAAGUUUAAAUGCAAGUGAGUUAACGAACAGUUCGAUUUCAAAGGAAGAUGCCAAAGUAAUGAGUGACACAACAAGUAAAGGCUCGCCGGAAAUAAUACUUCAAUAUAAGUUGCCUGAAAGAUGGUCUGACUUUUGUGAGGUGGUCGAAGGUGAAACUUAUGAAUCGGAAUUUACAAAAACCAAUUUAACAUCAAUAAAAUGUGUGAUAGACGCUGAGCACUCGGAUAUAUGGAAAAUGACGGAUCUUCGGAAGAAUUUAGACCAGUAUAAUCACCUCAACAUGACUUUUAGUGUGGAUAUAAAAUGCCUAUCGAUGGCCAAUAUUUCUCUGUCUUAUCCAUUUAAAGUCAACAAUCUUUACAUCUUGAAAAUUCAGGACUGUACGAUAUUUGAUUUUCUAGCGGAGAGUAGUGACAGUAUUCUUGAAACGACUCCUGACAGUCUGAGAGUAGUUCAUAUAUGGAACACUUUGAACGUUGUCUUGCUGUCUAGAAUGAUAGAAAUUACCAGCAAUAUCAAAAAUGUCAAGAAGGAAUAUGACUGCGUUCAUGACGAAACGAUUGAAGACAUAUCGAUGAGAAACAUAAAUUUCGAUUUUAUAAUAGACGAUGAAUUGUUGUUACAGGAAUUGCUCGAACGCGGUCAAGAUUUUGUUCUAAAUACUCGACGGAUACCGCAUAUAUGUGACUAUCCGAGGUUAAUAUCCAUGGAUGAAAGUAACAGUGAUAGCCGAUCUCUUUAUCAUCUGGAUUUACAGACAGACAACGCAAUCUUUGAUCAUCUCCGUACAUUCAAUGUGUCAAAUACACACAUUAAAGUAUUGAAGGAUCAGUAUUUACAGUGGUCAAUGACAUUUCCAAAACUACAAAUGCUUGAUCUCUCUCAUAAUAACAUUUCAAAGUUAUACCGGUUUGCUAUACCGUUACAUACCGAUUUGGAUGUCAUCACAACUAUAAACCUCACCUAUAAUCAAAUUUCCACGAUUACUGUAAAUGACCUUGACCGGUUUAAAAUGAUGCCAAUGGUAUUCUUUGACCUAAGGCAUAACCCGAUAGACUGCAAUUGUUCCGACACUUUGGAAGAGUUAUUGAAUUAUAUAAAACAAGGAAAGCAUCUAAAAAUUUCAAAUCUGUCGGACUAUAAAUAUAUCGAAAAUUUGCAAUGUAACAAUCCAGAAAACUUGAAAGGAACAACCCUGAAAGCAUUGACAUCUGAAAUGAUUUGUGAAUCUAAAGUUCAAACAGAAUACUUUUUGGUCCCAAUUAUUUGUUUAAGCACCGCAAUUGUUAUUUUAGCCUUAUUAUUGUUUAUGGCUUUGCGAUUCAGACAUGAAAUUACCAUUAUAUUGUUUACGCGGUUUAAUAUUAUUAUACCUUGUCAUACACGUGACAAUUACGACUCCGAGAAGAAAUAUGACGCAUUUGUUAGUUAUAGCAGUAACGAAGAAGAAUACGUGGAGAAACUUUUCGAAGAUCUUGAAAAGCCAGCAGAAGACAAAGCGCGCCCGUCGUUUAAGUUCUGUAUGCACCAUCGUGACUUUGUUCCAGGAAAAACUAUUUUUGAUAAUGUUACAUUUUCCGUUGAGUCAAGCAGACACACAAUUAUCUUAUUGUCAAACCAUUUUAUAAAAAGCGAGUACUGUUUAUACGAGUUUCAAGAGGCUUUCAGACAAAGUAUCAUGGAAAAAAGGCGCCACCUGGUAAUUAUCAUGAUGGAAGAUAUCCCUGAAGAAAAAUUACCACGUGAUCUCAGACGCUGUGUAAAAACAUUUACAUAUAUCAGAAAAGAUGACUUUCUUUUCACGGAAAGACUCAUUUAUGCUCUUUCUAUAAAACACAAAGGUAAAACCAUAAUGAAAAGCAUACAAAAUGACUCAGAUGAUAAGUUUUCCACAGGCCACACAUUUUCAACAAACUCGGAACCUACAAAAAGUAAAGAAAAUAAUAAAAGAAUAAAUACUAUGGACAAAGUGAAAAAUUUAGACACAGAACCAAAAAUCUCAAAACCAGAAACAGACAACACUUGUAAAAUAGAUAUGGGCAAUUAUGUUGAGUUUAAGGAACCUUCUAAAGAUAUAUCAAUAGAAAGACAUAACAAAUACAGGAAACACAGUGACAAAUUAAAAUUGUCGAUUAAACACACAAACGACUCAAAUCUUAGUCCAGUUGAAAGAAAACUAAAUAACAAAGACCUUGACUAUGACAGAAGUCUGUCACUUAUUUCUCAGGAUACUGGAUACGGAAGUGACUUAGGAUCUAUUUGUGAAAGACUUUCACCGGAAGUGACUAUCGGCAUGGAUGCGUUCCCAGAGGAAGUUGUUUGCUAAAAACUUAACUGGUUCUUUGACGUAUGACUUGAUUAGCAUGUAAAUACAUGUAAAAGGAUUCAACUGAACCAUUAAACAAAAUGUCAAAUCUCAUUUACAAUUCCUAACAAUUUAAAAUGCCGUAAGCAAAUAUCUCAAGCUCAAGUAAACAACUGUGCUAUACAUAUUUAUGACCAUCUUUAUCAUUCUUUAAUGAACAAUACUGACUAAAUAGGUAGGGUUUAUUUCAUGUCAAAUUCAUUGUUUCUACAACAAAGCUAAUGUUAUGUGCGACUGUAAACCAUUUCUUACAAUGCAUGUUUAUAUUUAUUUGAGGUGGCAGCAAUUGUCAUAUUUUUAUAGUUUGUGUAAGUCAAUAGAACAAUCUUAAAGAAUCAUUUUAAACAAUAAAUGAUAAAGUUUUAUACAGAAAAAUAAGCAAACAACAUUAACCUUUAGUCUGCGGCGGCAGCCGAUUCUAUCCAUGCAAUCAGUGCAAACCAAGUUUAGCCAGCAUAUCCGUGUAGUCUAAUCAUUGUUUGCUCUGUUCGCUAUUUAGGCAGUACUCGUAUUCUAAAUUUUUCCCUAAAAUAGUAAAUGAUUAUUAACAGAUUUAAAGAUGGAAAAGUUCAUUUAAGAUUGAUUUUUAUGUAUAUAUAUCUUGUCGAUUCGGGCUUUGUUAAUGAUUUAGAUUUGUAAUUGUAAUUGUAUGGCAUAUUUGCAAGAAUAAAAUUAUGUUCAAUUUUCACUGCACUAUGAGGUGCAAAAUAAUACAACCAUUUUUGAAAAAGAAAAUCUGUGCUGUCUAUGAAUGAUUAAGUGUUGUCAUUUUUUUAAAUAGAUGUAAACUUUAAACGUGAGUAAUAUUUGAUAAAUAAUACAAAGAUGACAAUGGGAAUUCAAAAUCAUUUGUAUAUAAAAAUGU